AUGGUCAAAUCGGGGACUCUCACCCGUUUCCUGAGAGAUAGCACCGAGCGAGACAUGGAGGCUGCGGCCGUGACCUCCAAGAUGGCGGGAACAGACCUUUUGGCAGAUUCCCAACCACAAAGCCCACAACUCUCGGAGUGCUCUCUGAAAUCAUUGGAGAUCAACCCAGACCUGGACAUCAGAGAUCUAUUGAGAAACUUACCGUCGAAAACGGACAUGGAACGCAUGAUCCACAAAUUAGAAUCCACACUGCAUUCCAAGAUGGCGGAAAUGGGUACUGAAAUUCAGCAGCUAAAUCUGAAGGUGGGUGAUUUGGAAGAAGAAAAAGACCUUAUGCAGGCACAAAUAACUAACAUUAGACUCUCACAUACAAUUCAUGUCUGCCACCCAGAGGCAUAUUGA